AUGACUGAUUCCGAAGACGAUGCUCUGCGCGGCGAUGCCCCUUCCACACACCACGGCCGAUCAUGGCACCUCCGACUCCGCGAGGCUCUCAUCUUCCUAUGGGCUUUGCUCGCCACUGCCGGUGUCCUCAUACUCGCCAUCUGGAUGUCGCACAACUCGCAGACACAAUUCUCCAAGCCGAGCGGAAAGCGAAACCUCAUCUUCAUGGUGUCAGAUGGUAUGGGGCCAGCAUCGCUCUCGCUCACACGGUCCUUCCGACAGCACAUCGAGGGGCUUGAGUUUGGAGAUACCCUGACACUCGAUAAGCACUUUUGGGGCAGCAGCCGAACGCGAAGCUCCUCCUCCCUCAUCACCGACUCCGCAGCUGGUGCGACAGCCUUCAGCUGUGGGCGCAAGAGCUACAACGGUGCCAUCUCCAUGCUCCCUGACCAUACACCUUGCGGCACAGUCCUGGAAGCUGCCAAGAGAGCCGGCUACACCACCGGGCUUGUCGUCACGACCGAUAUCACCGAUGCCACGCCUGCAUGUUUCGCCAGCCAUGUUGAUGUACGCGAGCAAAACGACGAUAUCGCACUACAAGAAGUUGGCGAGGGCGCACUUGGCAGGGUAGUCGAUCUAAUGUUUGGUGGCGGCCGAUGUCACUUCUUGCCGAACGGGACGCAGGGCAGCUGCAGAGCUGAUGAUAUCGACGUCGUCUCCAUCGCCAAGGAGAAGCACGGCUUCACCUACGUCGACGACCGUGCCGGCUUCGAUGAUUUCUGGGAGGGCAAGAACGACGUUCCCCUGCCCAUCCUUGGACUUUUCGCUCCUACCGACAUUCCCUUUGAGCUUGACCGCCGUAACAUGAACGAGAUCUACCCAAGCUUGAGCGAGAUGGCCAAGACUGCCAUCAAGGCUUUGGAGAAGGCUACUGCUCACAGCGACAAGGGUUUCUUCCUUAUGAUCGAGGGCAGCCGAAUCGACCAUGCUGGACAUAUCAACGACCCUGCUGCUCAAGUGCGAGAAGUGCUCGAAUACGACAAGGCUUUCAAGCAUGUUCUGGAAUUCCUCGACGAGAGCAAGACCCCCGGUGUCCUGGUGGCAACGAGCGAUCACGAGACUGGUGGUCUUUCUGUUGCAAGACAAACCAGCAUUGACUACCCCGACUACCUGUGGUAUCCAGCUGUCCUGGCCAAUGCUUCAUACUCUUCUCUGUAUCUGGCUCACAAGUUGCAUCAGCACAUCGCAGAAGGUAAGGAUCUUUCAGGGAAGAUGUUAAAGGCCUAUAUCAACGAGAAGGUCGUUAUUCCGGGACUCGGCAUACUCGAUGCUUCGGACGAUGAGUUGACCCAAAUUGCCGAAUAUCCCAUUCUUGCUCAGCAGUACUUUGCCGACAUGGUCAGCCGACGGGCUCAGAUUGGCUGGAGCUCACAUGGCCACUCAGCUGUGGAUGUGAACAUCUACAGCUCAGGAGGACCCGGCACUGAUGCCAUCAGAGGCAACGUUGAAAACACUGAUGUUGGCAAGUUUCUAAGGGACUAUAUCGGCGUGGACGUUGAAGCCAUCACCGAGGAGCUGCAGAAGAAAAUGAACAGAAAGCCCGAAUCGACCGAUGCCAGUACCGUCAAGGUAGAGCGCGUGGGGCACGAUCAUUGGGCCGUCCAUGAAGAUGUUGAGGAGCAAUUGGAGAAGGAUGGUGUUGAGUCAUCCUAA